AUGGACACCAAUGAGAAGAUUCACAUUGAGAAGCUGAAGGGAGCAGAGAACUAUCAGACCUGGAAGGUGCUGAUAAAGCUUCUGCUGACUGAGAAGGGUCUCAAGAAGACGAUCGAUCCUGAGACCAGGUCAAGCGAGGAGUUGGCUGCAAGGACUGCAGCAGUGAAGGCAAAGGAAGAAGAAGAUCAAGAGAAGGCUCUGGCAGCAAUUGGUCUUCGAGUGUCUUCAGAAUUCCUUGGGAUCAUCACAGAUGCUGAUGGAUCUGCAAGAGCAGCCUGGGAACAAUUCUCAAGGAUGUUCCAGUCUGUGACAAAUGCAAGAAAGAUGAUGCUCAGGGAGAAGCUGGCAUCACUGAAAAUGGAGAGUGGAGAAUCAGCAGCGAAGUAUGUUGCUAAAGCAAAGGACCUCAAAAGAGAUUUGCUGCAAGCAGGUCUAGACGCUGGAGACGUAGAUCUUGCUGCUGCAUGUGGUUUGUCCAGGUCCUACAGGGAGAUUAGGAUGGCACUAGAGCUGCAAGAAAAAGCUAUCUCCCUGGAUGAAAUGCUUCCUCUCCUCCUCCAGCAUGAAGCCAGACUCGAACGUGAUGAGGAAACAGAUCAUGGAGAGUCCUCCAGUUCAAUGGCCUUCGCGAGCAAAGGCUUCAAGCAGCAUGCGGGGAAGUCUCAGAGCAGAAGACCAGGUCCUAAGUGCUGGACGUGCGGAGAAGAAGGUCACAGAUCCUCGGAGUGCUCUCAGAACAGAGACAAGGACGAGGAGUGCAGGAAGUGUGGACUGAAAGGCCACAUCGCAAGGAACUGCAGAAAGAGAGAUUCGGGCGAAGGAAAGAGUGGAGAAAACAGGGACAAAGGGACGAGGAGAUCCAUGGUGUUUGCCUGUCCUCCAGAAACAACUCUCUCAACACUCUGGAUUCUGGACUCUGGAGCAAGUGCUCAUCUCUGCUGUCAAAAGGAGAUGUUCUCAGAGCUCAGGGAACUCAAAGGUGGCGAGGCAGAGGAGAUCCAAGGGGUUGGAGAUGCAGUCAGAGUGGAGGGCAUUGGGAAGGUGCCUCUGAUUUGCAAGACCGAAGAGGGAGAGAUGACAGAGGUCAUUCUCGAAGGAGUCAAGUUUGCUCCUCAGGCGCAGGUCAAUUUGGCAGCACUUGGCAAGUUUCUCAGCAAGGGAGCAACUCUGCACAGCGAAGGAAGCGUGGUCAGCCUGAAAAUGGAGGGAGAAAAGUUCCUAGAAGCGGAGAAUCAAGAUGGAGUGUCGGUCAUCAGGACAGUUUCGCAGAAAUCUCUGGCCUUUGCAAUCACUCAAGCUGAUGAGGGAAGACUGUGGCACAGGCGCUUUGGUCAUGCGAGCUGCGAAAUCCUGGCGAAAAUGGCGCAAGAUUCUCUCGUUGAAGGACUCCCCCCAGCAGCAGCCUUCCGAAGAGCCGGCGAAACCCUCUGUGAAGACUGCGUCCUCGGCAAGCAAACUCGGAAACCCUUCUUCCCCAGUAACCGUCAAAGUCAGAACCCCCUCGAUCUAGUUCAUACGGACCUCUGCGGUCCGAUGCAAACGACGUCAGCCGGGGGCGCUCGCUACGUCGUCACUUUCAUAGACGACUACAGCCGGUGUGGGACGGUGCAGCUGCUAAGAACCAAGGAGCAGGCGAAGCAAGCCCUGGAAGCUUACGUCAGCUGCGUGGAAAACCAACUGGGGAGAACGGUCAAGAAAAUCCAGAGCGAUAGGGGCGGAGAGUACUGGAACGGGGAAGUCAAGGCGUUCUGUGCGCGCAAGGGGAUCAUCCAUCAGAAGACCAAUCCCUACUCGAGUCCGGAAAACGGGGUAGCGGAACGGUUGAAUAGGACUCUGAUGGAUAAGGUGCGCGCGAUGCUGUCUGAGAGCGGAUUGAUACAGAAGUGGUGGGGCGAAGCGGUUCUGACUGCGAGCUACGUCAGGAACCGGACGGCGACCAAGACGCACGGGAAGACCCUCCUGGAGCUCUUCUUCGGGCAGAAGCCAAGUGUGAAGGAGCUCCGCGUCUUCGGUUCCAAGGCCUACGUCCACACCCCCGCUCAGAAGCGAAAGAAACUCGAUCCUGUCGCGAAAGCCGGCGUCUUCCUCGGGUACGAACCAGGAACCAAGGGGUACCGGAUCCUGCUGACGUCAGAUCAGAAGACCGUGCUGAUCUCGCGUGACGUCACGUUUGACGAAGCGGAACGGAAGGACCCCGAGGGAGCGGAAGCCUGGGAAGACCCUCCGCCUCUGCCGUCAGUCUCGUCUGAGCCCGUCGAGCCUGAGGGAGAGAAUGAAGAGGCGGAAACGGAAACCCCAGAACCGGAGCCGGAGAACGGAACGGAAGAGGGGAGCGGAACGGGAGAAGAGAGAGCGGAACCGGAAGCGACGGGAAAGAGGGAGAGAAGACCGAGUCAGCGCUACCCCUCGAACGACUGGGUAACGGCAAACCUCGCAAAGGAGACGGCGGAACCGGUGGAGCCGAAAACCCUGGAGGAAGCGCUAAGCAGCCCGGAAGCCGCAUUUUUGUUAGAAGUAUUUGCGCACUGCCACUCGGGCCACACUGGCGCCAGUGUAGCCCGAGUGGCAAAGGACGUUCAUCUCGACAGACCGACUUAUUUGCGGCACAACAAGCGGCUGCCCGCUUCGCUAUGA